UCAAUGUAGGUGUUUGUACGUCCACAUGCAGUUGUAUGGACGAAGAGGAAGUGGGAAGAGUAGUUUCUAUGUGACAUGUUUUCUACAUAAGUUGUGUUCCAUGCAAGUAGAAAGACUUCUUGGUGGAGAAAGUCUAUACGUCCAAAGCCGCACCACACAUGUAAUUUCCACUAAAUUGCAUGGUCGGCAAUACGGGAAGGCCACGGCCCCAACGGGCCGCGCGAGGCGAGCCGAGCAUGCGUAAGAUCCUCCGCUCCUGUGGUCCUCCCAUCAUGGGCGACGCCGUUCUAACAUCCAACUCCAUCCGCUAGAGAACGUCUCUGGCGAAGACGACUGCUGCUCCAGCUGCUGCUGCUUUUCAUUGAGUAGAACCUGGAAUCUGCUUCGAGCCUCGCUGCUUGCGUGUGUUGGAUACAAAACUUCCAAUCCUUUCCUACGCUGCUUUUCUCAACAACUCGAAGGGGAAAAUAACAAGAAAAGGCGAAGUUGGAGGGGAAGAGAAGAACAAGAUGGACGAGCUGAAGCGGGAAGAUAGCAUCACCAUGACCCCUGGUGGGUUCAAGUCGGCGUCUUUGUGGCCGUUCGCGCAACACCAACAUCGACGUGCGAGUAUCAUACAACAGUAUCCCUACCCAGGAGUCCAUCAUCAAAGUUCUGGAAGUCACUCUCAACAUCAGAAUUAUGAUGGGCACGGCCAGUGCCAAUUCGACGACAGUGUGAGGGCAACGAACAGUGGCACGCGAAACGGCUUUCAUCAUCCUACGUUAUGCAAAGCAGACAUGAUAUUGGAGACGUCUUCUUCAUCAAUAAGUUUUUUAUAGCAUCAUCAUGAGACAAGUUAGGACAACUCCGGGCUAUCUCCAUCUGUCAGAUAGCUCCUCCUUCUAAUUACAACGAGGACGAAGUCCUCUCUUCUAACUAAAACUGGCACCCCGAUACAAGAGAGGUCGCCAUCAUAUGCCGGAAGAGGCACCGACCACCUGAACGAACGAACAGGAGGACUACAGACUUCUGAAAGCUCCUCAGGGGAUCUACUUGGACAAGCAGAAACCGAUGGUGCAGGUGGGGAUCAACUUACGGCGCCUUGGAUAUUUGGAGAGCGGGAUGAAAUGACUCUCGACCUGAUGAAAGGCGGAGCUAGGAUAUUUGGAGAGCGGGAUGAAAUGAUUGUCGACCUGAUGAAAGGCGGAAGUAGGAUACUUGGAGAGCGGGAUGAAAUGAUUGUCGACCUGAUGAGAGGCGGAGCUAGGAUAUUUGGAGAGCGGGAUGAAAUGAUUCUCGACUUGAUGAAAGGGGGAGCUUGGAUAUUUGGAGAGCGGGAUGAAAUGACUCUCGACCUGAUGAAAGGCGGAACUAGGACAUUUGGAGAGCGGGAUGAGUCUCGACCUGAUGAAAGGGGAACUACAUCCUCUUGAUGAUAAAAUGAAAUUUCAAGAGACCUUGAGCUAAUAGGUUUUUUUUUUUGCUGAGCAACAAAAGUACUUCAUCUACACUCUAAUUUGUCUCAGCAGGUUUCAACCCAGCGGAACUUUGCUGCCACUGCAAGAGGUCGCCAGCCGGUGAAUAUCAAAGAGGCGCCAACUUUUUCAGCAUCCAUAGCAGGAGGCUAUCAGACGAGAGGAUCAGAGUAUAUCCCAGACCCGCCUAGGAGAUAUAUUAUGAGGGUAUAGGGUAAUCUAUUUCCGAUAUUUUCUGCGAGGAUAUUUUCACCAAAAAAAAAGCAAACAAGUAAUAUAUUACUAGUAUAACCCGAAGUCGACCGCGAGAAGCUGAGUUUGUCUGCUGCGGGAAGUCGUACUCCGGCGACAAAUUAUUUGGCCUGAACAAAGACAAAGAAUAGAACAAAUGUACUAGGUUUAGCACAACAUUGGCAACCAUCUUCACCGAAUAAGAUUUACUUUGACUUCAUCUAAUCACAACUUCUCCUUAACGAAAUUAGAACGACUACCAGCGAGAAAAAGCCUUUUCACACCUUUCACACGGGAAGAACACGCCGAACACUACAAAUACCAAGAUCGACUAGUUCCUCGAGACAGCCCUUUCUGCCAAUCGCUUGGGAAUUUAGUGUUAUGAAAAAAAAGUAGGAGAAGUAGGGAAGUUGCUUUUUCUGCGAGUUGUGAAAAGUCUGAUGGAGUAGAUGAAUAAUUUCGGACUCACAUAUUGUUCUUUUCUUGCUCAAAACACUACUAAGUUGUACUAAACACUACCAAGGCCGCUCUAACUCUCGUCGAGCGGCAGAUACCGGGAUAUCUUGGCAGCAGUCUGCGGUCUCUCUACUACAUGAACCUUUUCCACUCUCUGCUGGAUUUCAACACCAGGACGCAUGUGGUUUUGGUCUCCUUCACAUAUACGCUGUUCUGGAUGGUCAUUGCGGUAGUUAUGGAAAAUUGAGAAACCACCUGGACGCGGCUCCUGUGUGGAAGUCGUGCUAUAGUCUAAUUGAAACUCAUCUACCGACUCGAGCUUCAUCUUCGAGCCAAAGCAUUUUUAUCUUCAUUCAGGUGUACUCCGGUUAGUUUUCACCUCGACAAUAUUAGACUUAUCCCCCCGUACAACAAUAUUAUUCAGGUGUACUCGUCGAAUAACAUGCGAAGCGCAUUUUUUUUCCACAUGGACGACCACACCCACCACAGCAUACUUUCAUCUCCUUCUUUCUCCUGAUCGAUGAGAGUUGCAAGCUCGAUUUGGACCACAGUUUUACCAAAGCCUAUAUUUUGAGCGUGGAGACGUUUGUGACGAUUGGUUACGGUCUCCGGAACGACCCUUACCUGAACGGAUGCUGGGAAGGUGCUGUGGUUUUGAGUGUUAAGAAAUGCUAGAAGAAGACACUUCACCCGAUAGACGCGCGCGAAAGUUUACAGAACAAUCUAAGUUUCAGUAGGUUCAGUAGGUAGAAAAAAUUGAAUGAACAAAAAUUCAGUGACUCUUAGUUGCGUCUUCAAACGAUGACUCCACUACGAUAAAGCUACACAGCUGCCCUUCGCAGCAGUGUUUCUUUUUCUUUUCUACAUCUACGAUAACGAUCCAUCUCCUCUAAAUUACUCGGCUCCCUCGUGUCGAUGAUUUUGGAUGGCAUUUUGAUCGGUUUGAUUUUUAUGACGCUUACGAAUCCCCAGAGACGCGCUGCGACUGUGGUUUUCACGGAUAAAGCGAUUAUAAAAUUGAUAGACGGAUCGCCACAUUUGGUCUUUCAAGUCGCAGAAAUACGAAAGCAGAGCUUAUUAGACGCAAAGAUACGAUGCUACUGCUUCAAGCAUUGUGAAGUCAUCAAUCCGUUGACGGGGACGAAGAGCAAGAGCAGGGUAUAUUUUUUUUUGGAAUUUGUGGGUCGUGGAGGUGGAUGGCGUGUUUUUGUGUUAGUAUUCGUGGUGGCGCAACUAUGGGGGCCUUAGGUGCUGCAAGUAGCAAGCUCUUAAGCGUUGCAAAUGGGUACCCGCUAAGAACUGCAAGUGCGCGGCACCUAGUGGCUGCCGCUAAUGGUUGCCGCUUAGGUGCUGCAAAAGCACGCCCUUUAAGAGUUGCAAGGGUGACUCUCUGAAGCGUUUCCGAAGUGCCUUUCUUAAGUGCUUCAAAAACGCAGUUUUUAACUGCUUCAGUAGUGGCGCCUAUAAGUGCUUCGGAGAUGCAUAUUUUAAGUGCUUCAGAAGUGGCUCCCUUAAGUGUUUCAGAGGUGCGGCUUUUAAGUGCUUCAAAAGGGCCUCCCUUGAGUGCUUCAGAGGUGCGGUUUUUGCGUGCUUCAGAAGUGCCCCCCGUUAAGUGCCUCAGAAGUGCCCCCCAAAGUGCCUCAGAAGUGUUCCCCUUGAGUGCCUCCGAAGUGCCUCCCUGAAGUGCCUCAGAGGCGUGCCCUCCAAGUGCCUCAUUGGCGUUUCCCUUAUGUGCCUCGGAAGCGUGUCUUUUAAGUGCCUCACGGGCGCGCCCCUCAACUGCGUCAGGCGCGUGUCCUUUAAGCGCCUCAGGUGUGUGGCCCAUAAGUGCCUCGCCUGGUUAGCCUCCCUUAGCUGCCUUAGCCUUUCGCUUAACCGGGGACAGUCACUGCUUACUAAACGGCGCCACUCACUACUCAUCAAGCGGUGAUAGUCACCACUUACGCGAUAUUCGGUGAUAGUCACCACUUAAGCGAUAUUCGGUGAUAGUCACCACGUAAGCGAUAUUCGGUGAUAGUCACCACUUAAGCGAGGAUAGUCUCCACUUAUUAAGCUUUGAAGUCCUCUACCUAUAUUAGGCUUUGAAGUCCUCUACUUAUUAAGCUUUGAAGUCCUCUACUUAUACUAGGCUUUGAGGUCUUUACUUAUGAAGCGGUGACAUUCAGUACUUAUUAACACCGACUGCAGCUUCCCACACUCCCCACAUGCAGGUGCUGCAACAAUUUCCGAUGCGAUUGCAAAGUCCAGACGACGAGCUUGGUGGCAUGCUGUUUCUUGCGACGCCGUUUUUGGUCGUUCAUCGUAUAGACCAAUGGUCCCCAUUGUUUAGGCAUUAUCGCGGCCCAGAAGCGACGCCGCCAGAUUUCGAGUACGAACUAGCAGCUUGCGCAGGGGAGAACUCUGACCGGCUGCUGAGGGGAUUGGGCAGUACUUAUAGACAACUUCUGUUGAGGAAGAUGUCCUAGCUGGUGUGCUAAUUUAAUAAUGAGAUACAAGAUAAGUGUUGAAGAUUCUUUGCUGCAAUCGAAGAAGUACAUUAACCACCAAGGCUACUUUAAUUUUUCUUGCCGUGAGAAUUAAGCAUGUUCCUCACACCGCCAGUCGGAAGCAAUCCAAGUCCGAUCAGCGAAGGAUGGGCAGGCGGUUACUCUGGACGAAUGAACAGACAAGCAUCUGGAGUCUUCGGUGCAAAAGAAUCACUAAUAUUGUGGCAGGUCGUAAUUGAAAAAUCUUUGUUGAUUAAUUCUGCUAAGUACCACAUCGUGGUAAGUAGCAAUGAUAAUACCCCUUGCGUAGCAAGAUUGACAUCAGUUUAUAUGACUCCAUGUGCAAUCGCGCAAAAAGCCUCUAACUUGCAUAUCUUCGCAACUCUGCGCGAGAAGAGACUACCUCUGUCCACCCAUGCGUAUGUGCGAUAUCGAGAGGGGCGCGUUUAUGCUUUUUUCCUGUCCGUACUGCGGAGAAAUGUUCAACACCAAACGAAACUACCGGAGACAUUUGGUGGAUAGGAAAGGGGAAGGUACUGGAUGAAGAAUGUACAGAGGACAUAAUGGUCCGACCAUCAGGACAGCAGAGUUGCAAGAGAUCGUCUUUGAUGUACGAAAGCACACACUGCGCAAAAUUUACAACAAUGUCACUAGGUAUCCACCCAACCGACGUUCCUGACUUGGUGCCUAUGAGGCCAUCAUUGCGGAGGAAUACGACGACGAGAAGAGCGCACUCUUUCACCAGUCCAGACGACCAAAAGCAAAUCAAUAGCAGUCGAAACACGCACUCAUCAUUGGGAGGAAGCGACGCCGGAGUAUGCAUUCCGAUUGCGGAGAAAUUGCAUAUAGAUUUAUGACUUGUAGUUGAUGGUGGAACUCGAACUACAUAUAUGUCAAAAAAUUUUCGAUGAUCUUCUUCUAAACACAAUCUCGCGAAACAACAGCAAGGGCAGUAAUCACGAUCAGUUCGGUCUAGACGCUGAGAAGAUAAUAAGCAGUACAACAGUGGACGAAGCCGGAGGCGACACUACGGAUGACGCGAGGCAGGCCGAUAGGAGCGCCUCUAGUUAAGGCUAGCCAGUCACUAUCUGGCGCGAGAUAUCCUGACUUAGUUCCCCUUGAUUCGAACAGGAAAGCAGGGGGGAACUCGAGAAAGGACAGCCUCCACUUACCUUGAGUCGAAGAGGAAAGCAGGGGGGAACUCAAGGAAGGACAACCGCGCCUAGUGCUUGACUACCGCUAACAUAGUGAGGCAGAGGAAGCUGUCAGUUCCUUUCGCGUGGAGAUCAUAGACGAGGAGGCGCUACCUACUAAGGCAGUAGAUGUUACUCGAACAACAUCCGCUACAACAAGAGCAGCUGCAUCUUCGCCCCUACCAGUUAGGAGCAGUGAUGCUGUUGAACAGAGUGGAGCUUCUGUAUUGAAUGUCGGAGACGAAGUAGGUGCUAGUGAUACUAGAGCUGCAGGCACUCAGCAACGUGGACGUGUGAAAGAUCCAGACAACGACGACCCACAUCAAGACGAUCCUUGUAGCAGGGAACAAGUGCAAUAUCCAGAACACUUGCGAUCAAGGCACGAAAAAGAUUCAUUUGAUGAGACUAGGAGGGAGCUGCGUUUAUACGACCAUGAACUCCAAGAAGAGCGUGCGCAUCUGUUUAUGGCUGCGGAAAGCAAAAAAUCAUUAGAAGUCACUGCGUGUAAUAUCAGUUUGGAAAUAGUAGUCAAAAGAAGCCAAGUCCGCAUAUUCUGGAUUUUGGUUUGAAAUGAUUGCUUACGCUAGAAGGACAGAUGAGUGCCCUGAUCACAGUUUGCCUCUAAUCCCUUAAGCCACGACUACUUCGAGAUUCUAGUCCUAGUCGAGGGUGUGGAGCCUUUCACCAGCAGCAUGGUGCAAGCGAGGCAUAGUUACGCUUUUGGCCAAGAUAUUGUGCUCAAUGGCGACUUCAUGCCUUGCACUUUCCUGAAGCAGGAUGGCUCUUCGAUGGUAGACUUCGGGAAGUUCCACCAAGUAGUCCAGGCUGACGCGACGGAUAGUGCCAGGACUAGUUCUUCGGAAUUAGGUGGAUGA